GGCGGUGCGAGCGGCGAGGCGCGCACACCCACGCGCGGAGCUCCAGGGCGGCGGACGAACGCGGACCGACGGCCGGGAUGCUGCGUGUGCGGUGUCUGCGAGGCGGGAGCCGCGGCGCUGAGGCCCUGCACUAUCUCGGGUCUCGGCUUGGAAGAACCCUGACAGGGUGGGUGCAGCGAACUUUCCAGAGCACCCAGGCAGCCCCAGCUUCCUCCCGGAAAUCCUGUGCGGCUGAUGACAAGGCCACUGAACCUCUGCCCAAGGACUGCCCGGUCUCCUCCUACAACGAGUGGGACCCUUUGGAGGAAGUGAUCGUGGGCAGAGCGGAAAACGCCUGUGUGCCACCAUUCACGGUGGAGGUGAAGGCCAACACAUAUGAAAAGUACUGGCCGUUUUACCAAAAGUACGGAGGCCAAUAUUUUCCCAAAGAUCACUUGGAAAAGGCUGUUGCUGAAAUUGAAGAAAUGUGCAAUAUUUUAAAGAUGGAAGGAGUGAUAGUGAGGAGACCCGACCCCAUUGACUGGUCAUUUAAGUAUAAAACUCCUGAUUUUGAGUCUACGGGUUUGUACAGCGCGAUGCCUCGGGACAUCUUGAUUGUUGUGGGAAACGAGAUCAUCGAGGCCCCCAUGGCGUGGCGCUCACGGUUCUUUGAGUACAGAGCAUACCGCUCGCUUAUCAAAGACUACUUCCACCGUGGGGCCAAAUGGACCACUGCUCCCAAGCCCAUGAUGGUGGAUGAGCUCUAUGACAAGGGUUAUCCCAUCCACAGUGUGGAAGACAGACACAAACUGGCUGCUCAAGGAAAGUUCGUGACCACUGAGUUUGAGCCCUGCUUUGAUGCUGCUGACUUCAUUCGAGCCGGAAGAGAUAUUUUUGCACAGAGAAGCCAGGUGACAAAUUACCUGGGCAUUGAAUGGAUGCGUAGGCACCUCGCUCCAGACUACAGAGUACAUAUCAUUUCCUUUAAAGAUCCCAACCCAAUGCACAUUGAUGCCACCUUCAACAUCAUUGGGCCUGGUCUUGUGCUUUCCAACCCUGACCGACCAUGUCACCAGAUUGAUCUUUUCAAGAAAGCUGGAUGGACCAUAGUUAAUCCUCCAACCCCGACUAUCCCAGAUGAUCACCCACUCUGGAUGUCGUCCAAAUGGCUUUCCAUGAAUGUCCUCAUGUUGGAUGAGAAACGCGUCAUGGUGGACGCCAAUGAAGUCCCGACCCAAAAGAUGUUCGAGAAGCUGGGUAUCAGCACCAUUAAGGUCAGCAUCCGUCAUGCCAAUUCCCUGGGAGGAGGCUUCCACUGCUGGACCUGCGACAUCCGCCGCCGGGGCUCCCUUCAGUCCUACUUUGACUGACAGGCCUCGCAGGCUGGGGGCAUGGCCUGGAUACCCCAGGAGGCUUGGGGCUAGGUUCCUUCUCCUGCUUUACCAAGCGCACGACCCAUACAUAGUGCUUUAAACAAUCAUAUCCUUAACAGGGGUCUCAAUUCUGGUUUACUUUUAUUACUUUUCUUUGAUAUAAGGAAAAUAACUUCUGCUAAGUAUUACUUUGUUCUCUUAAAGUUACUUACUCUUUGGCUUCCAGUGUAAAAACUUGGUGAAUGUAUACCAAGAUAAAAAUUAGUCACCUAAAUAACUUGACCACUAAUAUUUAACCAUCUACCUCUGUUUUUACUUUUCUUUCCAUAAGGCAGCUUGAAAUAUUGGUUCUGAUCUUCAUUUUUUUUCCUUUUUAGUAGGCUUGUGAAUGUUUGUACCAUUUUUUUUUCUAAAUGAGAGAAAGACAGAAUUUACACAGAUCCUAAGUAGAACCACAUAAUUCUCUCUUUUUCCAAUAAAGAAGUUGAGUAGUUUUUUUUUUUUUUAAAAAGCUAGAUGAUGCAAACAUUGACAUGAAUUUUUCAUGAAUGUUUUAAAUGUUUUCUUCUCAACACUGGUGAAAUGUGCUACUAAAAACCAUGUCAUACAACUUACCUCAUUUCAAGAGAACUAUUUUAAUCUGUUCCUCUCUUCCCAAAAAUUUACAGAAAUGUUUAGUAUGAUCAGAUAUAACUAUCAGUUCCCAUUGCUAAAUUUUGAUGUUCAAUAUCUAAUAGAUACAUUGCAUCUUUGGUAAUCUCAGAUUUGUUUACAAAUGUGCAAAUUAUUUAAAGCGUAGACUUUAAACGCAUUUGAAAAAACUAAUAGAGGAAAUAUGUGAUGUGAAAUAAUUUUAAUGUUGGUUAUUGUAAGUGUAUUUUUAUUCUAAUAAAUAUUUGUGUUCCAGAUUGUAUUUUA